CUUCUCUUAUUCUUUUUCAUUUUUCUUUUCCGCUAGUGGCUGAAUUUCCAUAUGCAGAGGCAUCGGAAACAGAGAGAGAAAGAUGAAGGAGGAGAAUGCAGGAGGAGAGAACGGUGCAAAAAUGGCGAAGAAAACCGAUGCGGCCGUCUACAUGUGGGGGUAUCUUCCCGGAGCUUUGCAGGAUAAAUCUCUUAUGCUCUCGCCGGAGCCAGUCCGGCUUCCGGGUUCGAUCGACGGCGGGGAUUCAUGGAAGGAAGUCUGCGGUGGUGGUUGUGGAUUUGCGAUGGCCAUUUCAGAGUCUGGAAAACUAAUUACGUGGGGUGCGGCGGAUGAGGAAGGUCAAAGUUAUCUGACUUCAGGAAAACAUGGGGAGACUCCGGAGGCUUUUCCUCUCCCAACUGAGGCUUUGGUAGUGAAGGCCGAUGCCGGUUGGGCCCAUUGUGUUUCAGUUAUAGAGAAUGGUGAAGUGUACACAUGGGGCUGGAGCGAGUGCAUACCCUCAAUGAAAACAUUGCGAGAUUUGGCCAUUGGAGGAGGUUCGUUAAAGGAUUCUACAGGGAAACAAGGUCUACCAACAACUGAUCAAGUGGGAGGACCUCAAGAAGCGAAGAUAGUUGAUAGAAUGGAUUCCCAACUCGACAACAAAAGGGUUGGAGAGGAAACUGUGAAGCGAAGAAAGAUCAAUUCAGUGAAGGAAGAUGCUGAAAUUUCAAGCCCAGGAGAUGAUCUUUUUACUGCAUUACCUUGUCUUGUAAACUUUGGGCCUGGAGUGAAGAUUUCCGCAGUUGCAGCCGGUGGACGUCACACUCUCGUCCUAUCAGAUAUGGGACAGGUGUGGGGUUGGGGCCAUGGAGGUGAAGGACAGUUAGGUUUGGGUUCUCGGGUGAAGAUGGUAUCUUCCCCUCAUAUCAUACCUUGCAUUGAAUUGCCUACUUCUGCUAAAGAUAGGUCUUCAGUAAUUUAUCAAGGAUCUAAGAUUGCUGCUGGUAAAGUGCUUGGAAAUUAUGUGAAGGGGAUUGCUUGCGGAGGUCGCCAUAGCGUCGUACUAACUGAUACUGGUGCACUUCUCACUUUCGGAUGGGGACUAUAUGGACAGUGUGGGCAAGGGAACACCAAUGAUCUAUUGAGACCGACAUGUGUGUCUUCUUUAUCGGGUAGCCAAGUUGAGAGCAUUUCUGCUGGACUAUGGCAUACCGUUUGUAUUACUGCCGAAGGCUUUAUAUAUGCCUUUGGGGGGAACCAGUUUGGACAGCUGGGAACUGGUGCUGAGCAGGGUGAGACUAUACCAAGGCUUUUGGACGCUCCAAUCUUGGAAAGUAAGCGUGCAAAACAAAUUUCUUGUGGCGCUCGUCACAAUGCUGUACUAACAGACGAUGGCCAGUUAUUUUCUUGGGGAUGGAAUAAAUAUGGCCAGCUUGGUCUUGGAGAUUCAAUCGAUCGCAACAUUCCAUCCAAGGUAUCCAUUGAAGGAUGUUUACCACAAAAUGUCUCUUGUGGUUGGUGGCACACGCUCAUGCUGGCUGAAGCUGAACCAUCCAAUUAAACGUAAAAAGUCGUCAAUGUGAAGGAAGCUGAACCGCUCGACAUAGACCACGACACUGACACUGACGAUCUGGUUAAUGUUUUUCUUUAUAUCACCAAGUUCUUUAAUAUCACUUGUAAGUUUAGUUGAGUAGCAGUAGAUUUCAAAACUUGCAUGGUGCAAGACUUGCUUUUUUAGUUUUUAACAUUGUUCGGUGGGACGUAGCCAGAUUCUUGUUACUGCUCUUUUGCUAUAUUCAGAAGCUUUUUAGCGAUAACAUAACAUUCAAUCUUUGAAAUUAUUAAUUUAGUAGCUGCCUGGCUUUAUUCUCUCACUAGACA